AUGGGUCAAAGUGCAUCAGUAUCAAGAGCAGUUAGUGACAACUCCAGAGCAGCCGCAGAGGCCAUUAACAAGUUAAGAGAAGCCGUCGACAAGCAAGAGGGAUCGAUGAAGGCCAGAUUCGAACAAGAAAUCCUCGACAGCAUGAAUAAGUCCGGUAUCAGAGAUCAAUUGUUGCUCACUGAGAACAAGGAAGUCCAAACUGAAUAUGCCAGUGAAUUCCACAUGGAUAAUAUCAAGAAUAUUGUUACCCUCGCAUUGAAGGCCGCCGCCACAACCGCCAAAGCCAGUGGUGGAAACAUUUUGUUGGCUGACGAUGUCAUCAGCUCGUACGUCGACCUCGUCGGUGCCGUCUGUGACAGUGCCAAGACCAGCUCAUCUUCGACCACCUCCUACUCAUUCUUGAUGAACAGAUUGGUUCCAGGUCUCUUUGUAUUCAUCAGCAACUCCUCUGUCUCCUUGAAGGACGAGCAAUUCUUUGGAAAUGAAACUGCCAUCACCACCGCCUACUACUACAAGACCAUGUUGUCGAUCGACGACAUCAAGAGAAUGGACAAGUUCAACACUGCCAUCAUCAAGUCAAAGACCCUCAACAUCUUGAAGUCCACUCAAGUGCAAAACGCCCAGAAGCUUGCCGACGGUAAGAUCGAAUUCGAAGAGUGGGAGAAGAACGAAGACAGAUCGGCAAAGGCCAUCGAGAGAAUCCAAAAGGAGUUGGACGAGAUCGGAUUCGUCACCAACCGUAGCUUGUUAUACCGUCCACCACAACCAUUCCCACACGCCGACGAAGCCACCCACCAACCAGACAAUUCAUUGGAGAUUAAAGCACGUCAAGUUGCCAGCCACAUCAAAAAUGAAAAGGUUGCUCAACUCUUCAAGUCACGUACUGAAACUGGUUACUAUAACUUACAUUAA